UCAUUUAUAGCCUCAUCAAACUCUUUCCUUUCUCUACGCUCGUUGUUGCAAAACCCCUCUUUCAGGAUCACCACUCCUAGGGUUAGGGUUUUUCCUCAUUCAGUUUCUAUCCAUUCUUCUUCGUCUCUUCAUUUCCUCUCACCGAUUGUAAGCUUAGGUUGGUAACCAUAGGUUUGUAAGCUUAGGUUUUUUCUGCUAUCUUAUAUAACUAGAACUCGGCCAUUUCUCCCGGAUCUCGUUCCAUGGAUACUCGCAAGAGGGGAAGGCUGGAACUCGGUUUUAACUCCAAUGGUGGAUUUAAGAAAUCCAAGCAAGGAACACAACAUCUAUCCUUUUCUUUUCCUAUUAUGGUAUCAGAACUCUGGUUUGCUACAUUCGCUGUGGAGAUUGACCCAUCUCAGGAACACUCGUCACAAUAUUAAUUCCACUCAUAUGCUAACCCAUCUUUGGUUCUCUUUUCUUCCAUUCUCGACGGACCAAACUACCACCAAUGGUCACGUUCCUUUCGGAUGAGCUUGGUCUCCAAGUAUAAGUUGGGUUUUGUUGAUGGCACUAUCUCUGCUCCAGCAUGCACCAUGCGCAUAUACUGGCGUGGGAGAGAGCAAACAUGAUGGUCUUGUCAUGGCUUCUCCUUUCCCUAUGUCUUUCCAUAGCCCAGAGUGUCAUAUGGAGAGAUACCGCUUCAAGCAUCUGGUCUGACCUUGAAGAGUGGUUCUCGCGAGAGUGUCACCAUCUAUUUCACUGAAUUAAAAACUGGAGGUGUUUCGUCCGAUCUCGGUUUGCACCUGGUGUUCAUGCAAAGCCUCGUUGAACGCUGAAAAAUAUAAAACCCAAGAACAAGUGAUAAAAAGUUUUUGAAGAUUGAAUGACAUGUAUUACGUUUUGGAGUCCCAAAUCAUGUUGAUGGAUUCCCUACCUCCUUUAAGUCAUGUUUUCUCCUUGGUUGUUCAGUAAGAGAUAUAAUUUUUUGGGUAAAUUGCGGAACAUUUCCAAAGUUAUAGCUGCUGUAGGUACAGGAAGAGGAAGAGGGUGCAAUUUUUUUUUGUCAUGGUGGGAGACCCUGGACGUGACAAUGGUAAUAAGGUUUGCAGCCACCGCGGUAAGAUGGGUCACACUGUGGCUUCUUGCUACAACAUGACUUCUCGCUGCACUUCAAGUUCACUAAGCAAAACCUCAAGCAUUCUUACAUGAAUGCAGAUUUUUGUAAAGAUGAAAUCGAUGGCAAGCAACAUGAAUCUGAUUCUUUGAAGGAAAAUCAGGGGCAACAACAGUUUGGUUUCACGAAACCAAGGCUUGAUAACUCUUCUACAAUAGUCACAAAUCUUCACCAACAGUCAUCUUUCCAACCAAGUGACAAAAACUCCUUGAAGAUGAUUGGUUGAUACCCUUUACAUACUCAGGGUGCCUUCUUGUCAAACCUUCUCACAUGUCGAACCUCCUACCAGCAUAUCACAGUCGGAAGUUUAGCCACUCUAAGUACUGAUACCCUUUGGCAUUUUCGUCCUGGUCAUGUUUCCUACAAACGUCAAAAGUAAUGAAUCCUACAUUUGUGGUGUUUGUCAUUUAUCUACACAAAAGAGGCUCCUCUUUCCCAUUAGCAGUUCAAUCUCCACUAAAUAUUUUGAUCUUAUACACACUAAUUUAUUGGGACCUUAUUCUAUUCCAUCUAUUCAUGAACAUAAAUAUUUUCUCAUAAUCAUUGAUGAUCACUCACGUUAUACUUGGAUUUUUUUCUUUAAAACAAUAGUUUGAAUCUGCAAAAAUAUUUCAGAAUUUUGUCACCUUUAUACAAACUCAAUUUAACUCAAUGAUAAAAACCAUAAGGAGUGACAAUGGAAUAGAUUUUUUCAUGACUGAUUUUUAUGCUAAUGAAGGGAUAAUGCAUCAAACCUCAUGUUAACACACUUGAACAAAAUAACAUUGUUGAGAGAAAACAUUGGUACCUUUUGAAUGUAGCAAGAGCGUUGGUGAUACAAUCUAAUUUACCAAGAAUAUACUGGUCUUUUGCUAUGUCACAUGCUGCUUUUAUCAUCAACAUGUGCCUACACCCGUUUUGAAAAUUUCUUCUCCACAUAAGGUUUUGCAUAAAGUUGAACCAAAAUUUUCUCGACUAAAGGUUUUCAAGUCUUUUUGUUUUGCCAGUACCUCACCUGUUCAUUGAACCAAGUUUGAUCCUUAGGCUUGUAAAUGUGUUUUCUUAGGAUAUGAAAUUGACACAAAAGGGUACAUCUUAUUGAAUAUUCACACUACAGAGCUCUUUGUUUCCAGACAUCUUUUCAUUUGAAAGGGUGUUUCCAUAUUGCGAAAUAGAGACCGAAGGUAGUGAGGCUGACAUAUGUACUUUCCCUAAUGGUGAAUAUCUAGUCUCCUUAACCCAUGAUCCUCAAGUUCAUAUUCCUACUGAUGUUAGUCAACCUCUUGACCCCAAAAUUGUUCCAAACACAACUGUCCUCAAGCUCAACCUAUCCUACAUCCGUUUCAGAAGAAACGAACUCCCGUCGAACACCUGAAACCACUACACCUGAAACCAAUGUUUCAACUGAAAUGAACACUGCAAAAGUUCACAUGAUUUCCCCUCCUGGAUUGAAUAAAGUCUUGCCAGGACUGAGUAAACAACGAAGCACUUCUGGUUGUCCGUUUGGUGAGGGUUGCCACUUCCUGCAUUACGUUCCUGGUGGCUAUAAUGCUGUUGCCCAUAUAAUGAAUCUAACACCUGCAGCACCUCCAGCAUCAAGAAAUGUAGCAGCUCUGCCACCUGUGCCAAAUGGGUCUGCACCAGCUGCUGUAAAGACCCGCAUAUGCAACAAAUUUAAUACUGCAGAAGGUUGCAAAUUUGGUGACAAAUGCCACUUUGCCCAUGGUGAAUGGGAACUUGGGAAGCAAAUUGCUCCAUCAUUUGAUGACCAUCGAGCGUUGGGGCCCACUGCAGCAGGUCGUUUUGGUGGUCGAAUGGAGCCUUCUCCUGGUCCUGCUACAAGUUUUGGUUCCCAUGCCACUGCCAAGAUCAGCGUAGAAGCAUCCCUUGCUGGUGCAAUCAUUGGGAAGGGUGGUGUGAACUCAAAACAGAUAUGCCGCCAAACUGGAGCCAAACUUUCGAUCAGGGAGCAUGAAUCGGAUCCUAAUAUUAGAAACAUUGAACUAGAGGGAAAUUUUGAGCAAAUCAAGGAAGCUAGUAAUAUGGUGAAGGAUUUGCUACUGACCCUGCAAAUGUCUGCAUCAAAAGCUAACCCAGGUGUUCCUGGUGCACCUACUCGAGAGCAUGGAAGCAAUUUUAAGACGAAGCUGUGCGAGAAUUUUUCCAAAGGGUCUUGCACAUUUGGAGAGAGAUGCCACUUUGCUCAUGGAGCUGCCGAAUUGCGUAAAUCAGUAUGAAGUUUGUGUUUGUGAGGUACAUUAGGCAGAGCUAUUAUUAUUGUUGUGCAUUGCCACUUUAGCAGUACUGAAUGUUAGUUUUGUUGUUGAGUUGCGUUUUAUUUAGCUUGUUUUCUUUAUCAAUUGCAGCUUCUGCUUUCGUGUUCGCUUUAGGUGACCCACUUAGUUGGAAAUCAUGGUUCUUUUUUAUGUAGUAUGGUAAAGUAAAUGUAAUUGCUUUAUUAUUGAUUAAUUUAUCUACGAUAUUAUUUUCUUCUAA